CCGGGCAAUAUUUGAAAUCAUAGUCAGCUCAAAGAGGAGGGGCGCCUAUCGAGAAAAUUGCAGUAAUCCUGCUUUCUUGUUUUGACACUGUUAUUUUAUUGAAGAAAUACCGAUAUCUUUGUCGAAGUGUCUGAUGGCUGAGGGUGUAUUUUGUGAAACUCUGGAGAAACCUCAUGAAGAAGACACUGUCAACCCAGUCCGUGAUAAGGAAACUGCAUCUCCUUACUUUCAAGCAGACUCUGAUGUUGAGUUGAAAGAGGAGUGGGCAGAGGAGGAAUGUGAUACUGUAAAACAAGUUUUGUUUCAGAAUGAACAUGAUGAAGAUGAUGCAAGCAGUGAUUAUGGCAGUCAUGAAAGGCUUGGCACUGCAUUGCAGAGACUUGUACCUGAUGGAAAUAUACCCUUUCCUGACAUUUUCCAAACUAACCAGCUUCUGUUUUAUGAGAGGUUUAAGGCAUAUCAAGAUUAUAUGUUAGGUGAUUGUAAAGCUUCAGAGGUUAAAGAUUUUACUGCUGAGUAUCUUGAGAAAGUUUUGGAGCCAUCUGGAUGGCGAGCAAUAUGGCGCACUGAGAUUUUUAAUGUAUUGGUUGAGAUAGUAGACAUGGACUGUACCAUUCUGAAGGCAGUUGUAAGGCUAGUGAUACCUUUUCUAUGCGAAAUGAAAUCCUGUGAACUAAAUGAAGAAUCGAUGAAUGACUUAUUGGAGGCAAAGGAGCAUAAAGUUCCUUUGCAAGAACUUUAUGUUGUUUUUGAUGAAUCAGGGGAGUUUGACCAAACUGCUUUGGCAAUCGAGCAUUUAAGGUUUUUCUAUAAGCAUAUUUGGAGGAUUUGGGAUGAAGAAGAUGAAGAUGAUGAUUUUGAUUAUUUUGUUAGAUGUGUUGAGCCACGACUACGACUGUACUAUGAUAUUCUUGAAGAUCGGGUUCCUUCAGGCUUGGUGGCAGAGUAUUACACUUUGCUUUCUCAAUGUAAAGAGAAAUAUGAAGAAUUUAUGAGUUUGAGGAACAGUAUGCCUACCAGUGACUCUGAGUCUGAAUUGGACAAUAUUUCAAUGGUAGAGGGACUAAAAAUGUAUGAAACAAUGGAAGGCUUGAAAAGGAAGCUGAAGAUUAUUGAGAAUCCCUUGUUAAGAUAUGUUUUAGGUUAUCAGGUAAAUUCUGGUCUGCAGACUACAGUGUCAAAAGGACCACGUCCAGCUAAGGAUAAAGUUGUGCAUAUUGUGUCCAAGUCAAUGACAGUCUGUCAGCUUCAGUGCUUGAUGAGGGAGAAAUUGUACCCUGAUUUUUCUGGAGAAGAGUUUGAGUUGCAGUUUCACAGUGAUCCUCUUGCAGCAGUAAAUGCAUGUUAUGAAGGGGAUGUUGUUAUCAUAUGCCCUGGUCAUUACAUUGUGAAUGGUUCCUUCAGCAUUCCUGAUUCUGUUGAGCUGGAAGGUUAUGGAUUAACUGAUGAUGUUGUAAUUGAAAAGAAGGGCAAAGGUGAAACCUUUCUAGAUUGCACAGGUGACAAUGUAAAGAUAUCCAACUUGAAAUUCCUUCAGCAUGAUGCUGUUGAAGGCAUCUUAUGUAUACGUCAGGGAAAGACUACCAUGGAAAAUUGCGUUCUUCAGUGCGAAACUACAGGAGUUAUCGUACGAUCUUCAGCAGAGCUCUUUAUGAACAUUUGUGACUUGUAUGGAGCAAAAGGUGCUGGUGUAGAAAUUUAUCCUGGUAGUACUUGUAGUUUAAUUGGGACUGGAAUACAUCAUUGCAAAGAUGGAAUAGUCAUCAAAGACUUCACAGAUGAAUUGUACAGCAUGGCCAGAAUUACCAUGAAAAAUAAUGUAAUUCAUAACAACGAAGGUUAUGGUGUUGUAUUAGUUAAGCCUGCAAGUCUUAUUCAGAUAAAGAAACCCAAAAAUAUUGAUCUUGAAGGUAAAAAUGUGGAGGAUGACUGUGAAGCAAAAGCAACAAGCAAUAUGGAGGACCCAUGUGAACUUCCUGCACUGGGUAAUUGUGUAACUGACAAUGAACAGUUUAUGGAGCCUGAUCCUAUCGAAAGUAAUAACAUUAUUAAAAAUGAACUGAUUUCCACAUCUGCUAAGAAGAAACAGUUACAAAGAAAAUCCUUAAUGGAGCUUGGAAUUAAAGAGAUCAAUGACAACUUGGUAACUGAGGAACUGUUUAUUUCAAUUCAGGGCAACCUUUUUAAAUUAAACGGAAAAGGAAGUUUUGGGACAUUUUUUUAUUGAAAGCUAGAGAAAACUAAAGAACGUAAAAUGAAAGCACGCAUCCACUUUACAUGUUUAUUUAUACACUAAUGGCUAAAAUCGGCACUUUUAUCUAAAAUACUAGUUUGGCUUUAUUUUUACCUUCUCUGCUGUGUUUUUAAGCAUAUCUCAAACGAACAGGCAGUGGGCAUAUAUUUGAUUAUUUUUACAAUGUAGAAUGAUUUAAACCUUAAAAUGAUUUUACUAUUCAUUACAAGCUAGUUAAUUUGUCAUUCUCCAUUUUAAAAAAAAAUUACAUUUGUAAAUUUGCAUUGUCUGCAUUCCAGAGUGAUUGCUUUGUCAAUUUUGCAGUCUUCUACUUUAAUAAAAUUAUGUGGAGGGUUGUUACUGUGCAUGUACAAAUAGCAAAUGCGCAAUUUACUGAGUGACACGGGUUUAUGUAUUAAUUCAUGCUUGUGAAUUUUUUUUCUGGUUUGAGAAAAUUUUUAACUUGAAUUUGUUUUAUUAUGCUUCCACUGAAGCUAAUGGGUUUGUUUACACCGGAUUGCACACAUUUUCAGUGCCAACUUAAUUGUAAAGAAAGCUAUUGUUUUUUUGUAACUGCUUUUGUCACUUUUGUUACCUAUUUUUAUUUUACAUAGUUAAUGUUAGCGUUUAAUUGCAAUUGAUUGUAUUGCUGCAAAUAUAAAGUCCAGGAAAAUCUCAUUACAUGGCCAUCAGUUCAAUUAACUAAAUGUAUAACCAACUGCUGCAGAACGGUGUACAUGCAGUUACUGAUGUUUUUCUGUAACAAAAUAUAGCUAAGUUCUAAUUUUGUAAGUUGUAAUUGUUUAAACACAAAUCGUUGUGUUGGUGCAUGUGUUAUCAGAGUCCAUAAUGCAGACAAAAUUAAAUGAUGACUAUUUUGGUA